AAACCAUGGCGGACAGCCAUCCACAUAGCCUUGAUCUGAUGUGCUCGUCAGAAUGGGAAGCUUCUCCUCUACAACGUCACUUUCUUAUGAGGUUACGCUCUGCAGAGGCUUGCAUGAGGCACUUGAAUCCAGUCAAACGCUUGAUUUUCUCCCCAACGGUAGCCGAAUUCGAAUCCACAUGUCGAGGGUUCCAUUCCCAGCCAGUAGUAAUGCCAGCGGACUGGUUACCGCCAUGGACGGAAAUUCUCCAGGCUCCGAGUGUUACGGAGGGACUUGAAGGUCUUCUCGGUGAUGAAGUAGAGGUUGAGGUCUUCCGCCUCGAUUUUCGCAACGACAGCAGAAACGCCGACCGAGUGGUAUCAUCAACGAUCAAGAGGGCCUUGGGCGACCUGGAAAUGGAAGAAGCAGAGGAUACAGCAGCAGGAGAUGCGAAGAAGCGGCGGUGUGUGGAAGGUAUGAGCAUUGUUACCAAUGGCGAAGUACCCUUGCUAUCCUGUGAGGUAUUAGCGUCAUCAACGGGAGCAACAGUAUCUGUCGCCAGUAACCCAGCCAUAAGCGAGACAUGUGGAGCAAAAGAAGCAGUUCCAAAAGUUAUCUCCGCCCCGGACUUACAACCAGCCUCAGCGUUGCGAUUCUCCUAUCUUCCAAAUUCGUCUGUGCGCUUGAUGCAUCUGGGUCGGUUCCUAUCAACUUGCAAGGGAUCUGUUGCACAAUCUUCUGAGUCGUCAGAGCCGCCCCUACCAGCGUGGCAGCUGAUGUAUCUGACAUGGCGUGGACUUCCCAAUUCAUCUGCGUCCAUACAGUCAGACUUUGAGCUAACGGCUUCUGACAAUUGUCAGGAGGAAUCAGUGAGCAACAGAGACAAGCUGGAGGGAAAAACUCAAGCAGGCGCUCAGUCAUCAGUCAGCCUUAUCCCAGACAAGCAGCUGUCCAAUGGGAGCACGCCACAUGGCUUCCAAGUAUUCAUAGACCAGCUGCUGGUCCCGACUCUUUCCCCUCCGUUCCUGGAAGCUUUCAGACAAGGGGAGGCACUGCACAAAAGCGAAGAGGCUGGGGACAAAAAGAGCAAGGGGAGAGCCAGCGGACUGGGGGCUACAGGAUGUGCUUCUGGCGGUCGUGAGCAGUGGAACUUGUGGGUGGGACGGAGUGCCACAAGUCAGAUUCACUUUGACGGCAUAGACAAUGUCCACGUGUGCUUAGAGGGCAGCAAGCUGUUUCAUCUCUACGACCCCUCUGACUCCAUCUUCCUCUACCCCAACCCUUGGAGCGAAGAUUCGAUUAACAACAAGUCAUCUUUGCCUUCCAUCCUCACCGCGUGUCCGGAAAAGCAUCCUCUUUUCUUCUCUCAUGCUACAUGCCACCGAGUUCAGCUGAUGCAGGGAGAGGCUAUUUUCAUUCCAGCUGGAUGGUGGCAUGAGGUGAGGGGAAUGUGAUGCCUGGAUCCUUAUGUGUGAAUGGUUACCCUUAUCUCAUCUCUCAUUCGUCACUCUUACAGGUUUUCACCUUUGGUCCAAUGACGGUUUCAGCAAAUGUCUGGUUCCCGCCACAUCCAUCAUGUCGACUGAGGCCCACCCUGAUGAUGCUUCACUCUCACCGCAUGCUUCAUCACAUGCAAGCAGCUUGGGAGAGAGGGCUCUUCAAGCAUCUCGAAUCGUAGAAGGCUGAAGCUCUCACUUCAGUGCCAGCCACCAGACUCGGAAUCUGACUAGCAGCAUUGCUGAACCCCAGCCUUAGUCUCUAAAUACGUUACACCUCUAAGGAGCAAGCUCAGUAUCAGAAAUGCUUCCAAUCCAAGCUUGCAGUUAUACACCAUUCUCAGCAUGCAGCUACCAGCCUGACUAGAAAAGAAUGGAUUCCUUCCCACAAAUUGCACAGUAUGUAUCAAACAGUGAAAUUGACAUGGUACAUCAGAGCCAAAGGUCUUGGGUUCAACUCCCGGUGCCAGCGCUGCAGAGGCACUCGUGUCUUCCACCUAUCCCAGCGGGGGGGGGGGUGUUGAGUGACCCGCUGGGGUUGCCCUUGAGAUCCUCGGGGAAGGGCUACAGGUGCAGAGCCUG